AUGGAGUCAGAUUGCCAAAAAUCAACCUCUCAUUAUUACCCGCACAUCAUCCCAUCAUUAGAACAGCAGGUCGACGGGGGAGAACGUCAGUUCGACCAGCACAGCUCUGAACAUGGUCGUCGCCGCAAGGAAUGGGCCGCACCCAAGAUUCCCCGCCAACUGGCCAGUGCUACCCUCUCGAGCCACUCUACGGUCAAAACCCUCGCUUUCCACCGUAAGCCGUUUCGUUCAGACAUUCUAAUCUGGAAUGUCAACCCCUCCAGCGAGACAUUGGAGUACUUGGCUUCCUGCCCUGGGCGGAAGAGGAACACGCCAGCCGUCACUCUAUACUCGGGGACCGACGACACUAGUCCUGUCCUUGGAGCGGCCCAUUUUCGCUGCUCUCACCAGACCAUAUUCGGAAUAGGAGAUCCUAAGACGGAUCCAAAUGGCGUGAUGUGGGAGCAGAUGCAAAGUUCGUCCAGGUGGCUGGGCAGGAGCAAGUUCAAGUUCGAAUUCACUGACUGUGGGAAAUCGAAUGCUGUGGAUAGUCGCUCAAGUCUCCCUUGCAGGCGACACCUCUGUUGGCAGAGAACUGUAGAUCCUGCAGACGGCGUCGAUAACGUUACUGCGAAGGUCUCAGUGAGGAAAUACCGGCUGAUGGAUCAGGUUGAUGGGCAAGUCCUGGCUGUGUUCGUGGCGAGCGAUCUCAACUCUGUCAGGAAGGGGGGUGAGCUCCGGGUCCUCCAAUGGCUGAGUCUGGGUCUCGAGACGGCGGUCAUCUUGACUUGCGCCAGCAUAUCGGAGAGGUUGAGGCGCGACUAG